GAUCUCAGUACAAAGUGGGUUAUUUUAAACAAGAAAGGGAAAUUUUUUUAUUUAUCUUUUUUUUCCCUCUUUCUCUUUCUCUCCCUUAUUUAAAUACACACAUAUAUAGAGUAUGGUGUCAUCAUUAUCUACAUUUAGAGGAAAACAGCGUAUUAUUGUGGUUGGACUUUUAUUGAUGGCGGGCAUAUUUUACUUUGGUCGAUUUGAUCAAUUACCGCAAUAUCAGGUUGGAGAGACAGAACCGGUGUAUCAAUACAGUUGCCAUAUCACACGGUCCUUGAUCGGAUCACCAACAGAUAACGAGACAGCACCUAUUCGACAACACACUUAUUUGAACCUGAAUGAUUUAAAUUCCACCAGGGCAGGCAAACAAUCACAGGAACAUGUGCUAGUUUUAACCACGGUAGGCAAUGAUGAAGCCUAUCUGGAUAACUAUUUCGACUUGCUGGAUAAAUCCAGUUACCCAAACUCGCUGAUUUCCAUUGGUUUACUGGUAUCAGACUCCACAGACGACAGCCUUGAAAAGAUCUACCAGCAUGUGAACCGAUUACAGACCCGAUGGAGAAACACGUUUGAUACGAUUGACGUCUACCAAAAGGAUUUCAAAGUGCCUUCCAAAACCGAUGAUACUUCGUUAGAUUCAAAGAGAGCUACAUUAGCGAGAGCAAGGAAUUUCUUGUUGUCGAUCUCUUUAAAGGAAUAUCAUAGCUGGGUUGUCUGGGUUGACAUUGGAUUAUACUCUUAUCCUCAGACUAUAUUUGAAGACUUAAUGAUGGCGGAUGCUGAUGUCGUUGUGCCCAAUUGUUUACUCAAGAGAGAUGAUGACGAGUUCUGGGGUUUCGACCGAAAUAACUGGCAAGAAUCCGAUGCAUCCUUGAAAUACCAACAAGAAUUACCCUUGAAUCAAGUCUUGAUGGAAGAUUACAAUGAGUAUUCAGUCGGACGUAAUUUACUGGUGGAUAUGCCUACAAAUACCGGUAAAGACUAUAAAGUGCCUUUAGACGGUGUUGGUACUACCUUUACUAUGGUUAAAGCCACUGUACACAGAGAGGGUGCUGUGUUCCCACCAUUUGUUUAUCAGCACGAACUAGACACUGAAGGGUUUGCCAAAAUUGUAAAAUCCAUGGGUUUUUCUGUCUAUGGCAUCCCCAGUUAUACCAUUUACCAUCAUUAAUAAAAAAAAAAAAUGUGUUUUUUGCGAA